UGUUAAGCUGCUGCCGGCUGCUGUCUUCACUUGCUGCGGCCUGUGUGAUCCGGGUGCUGUCCGCUGGAGAGUGGCCCUAAGCCUGACUGUGGGAUAUGGGGGGCAGCGUGAGCACCAGGAGAGUCUCCUUCGAGGCUGACGAGAACGACAACAUCACGGUGGUGAAGGGGAUCCGGCUAUCUGAUAAAGUCAUCAACCGUAUGAGAGAACCAGUUUCUACGGUUUCCAGUCUGCAGCCUCCACCACCUCAACAACCAAUACUUUCCACUGAGCAGCCUAGUACUACCGCUUAUGCAGUUAAUGAAGAUGAACUUAGAAGAAAAAUUGCAGAAGAACUGGCUCUAGAGCAAGCAAGGAGGAAGUCGGAGAAUCAAAAAAGAUUAGAACAUGGUGCACUAUUGAUGCAGGAGGAAAUAGGAAAGACUCUAGAGCGAGAACGAACUGCUUCCACUGAGCAACUUACUAGAGCUGUUCUGCGUGAGAAAGCGUCCACUGAGGAAGAACGAUUAAAAUCCAGAACCUUUGCAAAGAAGCUGGAGGAAAAGGAGCGUGAACUUAAGAGACAGGAUGAUUAUUACAAGGAGCAGCUGGCCAGGCUAGAAGAGAGAAGUGCUCAGUUUUAUAAAGUGACCACUGAAGAGUACCAGACAGCUGCAAACAGUGUGGAGGCAAGAUUCAAGAGAUAUGAGUCACAUCCAGUUUGUGCUGACCUUCAGUCUCAAAUUCUACAGUGCUAUCAGCAGAACCCAAAACAGACUUUGAGCUGUUCUGUAUUGGCCAGCCAGUACCUGCAGUGUGUCAACAGUGCCAAACAGAGCAUGCUUGGAAGAGGUGGGUAGGACUUGAGCGCCUUCCCAGCCACUAAGACUGCAAUUAAUGUCAGAGGAGCAUCAGACCUAAUUUUAAUUUGAGGCUAUACCCAGAUGAUCACAGAAGAUAGCAUCAACAAAAAGAAGACUCUUGUACACAACUAAUACAGUAGCAGUAACCUGUUCUGUCUGCUUAAGGGGCACUACACGGUGUGGUUUUACACUCUAAUAAUAGUAUUUACUGUAAAGUUACUGGCUGUUGGACUGUUAUCCUUCACACCCAACCUUACCACUGCAUAAAAAGGGUUUGUUUGUUUUUAUAUUACAGAUUGAUUUACCUCUAAAUUACAAUUAUGUUCUUGAUAUCUUUAUUUAAUUGCAGCUAUAUUCUUGUAUCCUGUUGUACUGGACAGUUACAAAUUGUAUUUGUGUACUGACCUCUAUUUUACGCCUGGAUUCCUAAUAAAAGUUUAUUUUCUGAAUGACAAAA